CCGGAAGUUUAGAGCACCUCGCUGGGGAGGAGCAAGAGGACAACGUGUUUGACUGUUUGGAGGAGUUGGCAGCGUCCGGUAAAAUGACGUCCUUUCGUCUGCCUCCUCUACCAACCAUCCGUGAAAUCAUCAAACUGUAUAACCUGAGAGCUCAGAAGCAGCUGUCACAGAACUUCCUCCUGGACUUGAGGCUCACAGAUAAAAUCAUCCGGCAGGCGGGGAACCUGAGGAACGCGUGCGUGUGUGAGGUGGGACCCGGGCCUGGAGGACUCACCAGAUCCAUCCUUAACGCCGGUGUAGCCGAUCUACUGAUUGUGGAGAAGGACUCUCGCUUUAUACCAGGAUUACAGCUCCUAUCCGAGGCGGCUCCUGGGCGAGUCCGAAUCGUCCACGGUGAUGUUCUUGCGUACGGGAUGAACACUGCGUUCCCGGCGCACAUCGCGAAGGUGUGGGAAGACGAGCCUCCUGAACUUCACAUCAUCGGGAACCUCCCCUUCAGCGUCUCCACUCCACUCAUUAUUAAAUGGUUGGAGGAGAUGGCCGACAGGAGUGGACCCUUCGUGUACGGACGCACCAGACUCACGCUGACCUUCCAGAAAGAAGUGGCAGAGAGAUUAACAGCGAGCACCGGCAGCAGGCAGCGCAGUCGUCUGUCCAUCAUGGCGCAGUACCUGAGCACUGUGAAGAACUGCUUCACCAUCCCGGGCCGAGCGUUCGUCCCCAAACCUGACGUGGACGUGGGGGUGGUACACUUCACUCCUCUGGUUAAGCCACACAUCCAGCAGCCCUUUAAGCUCGUGGAGAAAGUGGUCAGGAACGUCUUUCAGUUCCGCAGGAAGCACUGCCACAAAGGACUCGAGAUGCUGUUCCCCGAAGCUCAGAGACUCAGGAUGACGGAGGAGCUCCUGCGGCGCGCCGACCUGGACCCGACUCUCCGUCCAGUCGACAUCUCCAUCAGCCAGUUCAGAGCUUUAGCGGACGCCUACAGCAGGCUGUGCAGAGAAAACCACACGCUGUUCAGCUACGACUUCAGAGACGAGCUGAGACAGAAGCGUCACAGCUACAGACAGACGAAGAGGGAGAGACGCUGA